AUGGAAAGCACUAGUUCACUUCCCUUGAUCAAUUAUGCUCUUUCUCUCACUGUCUCUCUCUCUCUGUGUGCUGCCUCUUGCUCUCUCUCUCUGUGUGCUGCUUCUCUCUCUCUCUCUCUGCUGCCUCUCUCUCUCUCUGGCUCUCUCUCUCUCUCUGUGUGCUGCCUCUUGCAGGCUCUCUCUCUCUGUGUGCUGCUUCUUUUGUGUGCUCUCUCUCUCUGGCUCUCUCUCUCUCUCUCUCUGUGCUGCCUCUUGCAGGCUCUCUCUCUCUCUGUGUGCUGCCUCUUGCAGGCUCUCUCUCUCUCUACUUGCCUCUUGCAGCUCUCUCUCUCUCUCUCUUGCAGAGCUCUCUCUCUCUCUCUGUGUGCCUCUUGCAGGCUCUCUCUCUCUCUCUGUGCUCCUCUUGAAUACUCUGCUCUCCUCUCUCUCUCUCUGCUGCCUCUUGCUCUCUCUCUAUUUGCUGCCUCUCUCUCUCUCUUUUUGCUGCUGCCUCUCUCUCUUGCAGACUCUCUCUCUCUCUGUGGCACAGUGUGCUCUUUUGCUCUCUCUCUCUGUGCAACCUCUUUACACAGUGCUCUCUCUCUCUCUCUGUGUGCAGCCUCUUGCUCUCUCUCUCUCUGUGUGCAGCCUCUUGCCUCUCUCUCUCUGUGUGCAGCCUCUUGCCACACGCUCUCUCUCUCUCUCUGUCUUGCUGCCUCUCUCUCUCUGUGUGCAGGCUCUCUCUCUCUCUCUGUGUGCUGCCUCUUGCACUCUCUCUCUCUCUCUCUCUGUGGCUCUUGCUCUCUCUCUCUCUGUGCAGCCUCUUGCCUCUCUCUCUCUCUCUCUCUGUGUGCAGGCUCUCUCUCUCUCUCUCUGUGUGCUGCUCUCUCUGGAACCUCUUGCACUGUCUCUCUCUCUCUGCAACCUCUUGUCUCUCUCUCUCUGCAGCCUCUUGAAUACUCUCUCUCUCUCUGUGUGCAGCCUGCCUCUCUCUCUCUGUGUUCAUGCUCUCUCUCUCUCUGUGCUGCCUCUUGCAAUGCUGCCUCUUGCAAGCUCUCUCUCUCUGUGCUGCCUCUUCUCUUUUGCCUCUUGCAUGCUCUCUCUCUCUGUGUGCUGCCUCUUGCUCUCUCUCUCUCUGUGCAGCCUCUUGCUCUCUCUCUCUCUCUCUGUGUCUUGCUCUCUCUCUGCACCUCUCUCUCUCUCUGUGUGCAGCCUCUUGCCUCUUCUCUCUCUCUGUGCAGCCUCUUGCACGCUCUCUCUCUCUCUCUGUGCCUCUUGCAGCUCUCUCUCUCUCUGUGCAGCCUCUUGCUCUCUCUCUCUCUCUCUCUGUGUUCUUCCUUUCUCUCUCUCUCUCUCUCUGUUCUUCCCUUUUGCAUCUCUCUCUCUCUUGUAUUCCUGCAAAUUCUCUCUCUCUCUCUCUCUUCUCUCUGUGUGCAUGCCUCUUCUCUGUGCAGCCUCUUUUGCUCUCUCUCUCUCUCUGCUGCCUCUUGCACGCUCUCUCUCUCUCUGUGUGCAGCCUCUUCUCUCUCUCUCUCUCUGUGUGCUCUCUGUGUGCAGCCUCUCUCUAUGUGCAGCCUCUCUCUCUCUGUGUGCAGCCUCUUGCACGCUCUCUCUCUCUCUGUGUGCAGCCUCUUGCACGCUCUCUCUCUCUCUCUCUGUGUGCAGCCUCUCUCUCUCUCUCUGUGUGCAGCCUCUUGCAUGCUCUCUCUCUCUGUGUGCAGCCUCUUGCAUGCUCUCUCUCUCUCUGUGCUGCCUCUUGCAUGCUCUCUCCCUCUCUGUGCUGCCUCUUACACGCUCUCUCUCUCUGUUCUUCUUUUGCAUGCUCUCUCUCUGUGUGCAGCCUCUCUCUCUCUCUGUGCAGCCUCUUGCUCCCUCUCUCUCUCUGUGUGCAGCCACUUGCAUGCUCUCUCUCUCUGUUCUUCCUUUUCUCUCUCAUGUGCUCUCUCCCUCUCUCUCUGCAGCCUUUUGCACGCCUCUCUACACCUCUUGCACUCUCUCUCUCUGCUCUCUCUCUCUCUCCUGCAGUUUGCUGCUCUCCUCUCAAGCUCUCUCUUUUCUCUCUCUGUGUGCUUGCAUGCUCUCUCUUUCUUCUGUGCUGCCUCUUCUCUGUGUUUGCCUCUUACCCACGCUCUCUCUCUGUUUGCCUCCUCUCUGUUUUCUCUUGCGCUCUCUCUCUCUGUGUGCUGCCUCUUGCACGCUCUCUCUCUGUGUGCUGCCUCUUGCACGCUCUCUCUCUGUGUGCAGCCUUGCACUCUCUCUAUGUGCAGCAGCCUCUCUCUCUCUCUCUCUCUCUGUGCAGCCUCUUCUCUCUCUCUCUGUGCAGCCUCUUUUGCUCUCUCUCUCUCUGUGUGCAGCCUCUUGCAUGCUCUCUCUCUCUCUGUGUGCAGCCACUUGCAUGCUCUCUCUCUCUCUCUCUGUGCAGCCUCUCUCUCUCUCUGUGUGCCCCUCUCUCUCUGUGUGCAGCCACUUGCAUACUCUCUCUCUCUCUCUGUUCUCUCCCCUUUUGUUUUGCCUCUCUCUCUGUCUCUCUCUCUCUUUGCUGCCUCCUCUCUCUUUUUGUACUGCCUUGCAUGCUCUCUCUUUCUCUAUUACAGCCUCUUUUGCCCUCUCUCUCUCCUCUUGCAUGCUCUUUUUCUCUUGCCUCUUGCACUCUCUCUCUCUCUCUCUCUUGCCACCUCUCUCUCUCUGUAUGUGCUCUCUCUCCUCUCCCUCUCUCUUCUCUCUCUGUAUACCUCUUGCUCUCUGUCUCUCUUGUGCAUGCUCUCUUCCUCUCUCUCUCCUGGGCUGCCUCUCUCUCUCUACUGCCUCCUCCCCUCCCUUUUUCUCUUGCAUGCUUUCUGGGCUGCCUCUUCUCUCUCUUCCUCUAUCCCUCUCUCUCUCUGGCCUGCCUCUUGCAUGCUCUCUCUUUCUAGGCUGCCUCUUGCACACUCCCCUCUCUCUCUCUGGCCUGCCACCUCUUUCUCUUUGCACACCCUCUCUUUCUCUCUCUCUCUCUCUCUCUGCUACCUCUUGCACACUCUCUCUCUGACUCUCACUCUUUCUCUCUCUGUGGUUCUUGAAUUAUAUUCAUGUCUCUCUGCCUUUUUCUUUUCUCCCUCCCUUUGUUCUUUCUAG